CUUGGAUAUGCAGUUAAGAAAAGAUUUGCAGAUGAAAAGCGAGUUAUUCACUUGCAAGAAAUUUACGGAUUGUUAUGUGCAAAUGGUAUUAGAUUUUCCGACAGAUUAGAACAUUCAUCUACACAUUCUGUCAAUUUGGUGCCUCGUGGAGAGCAGCGAGAUCCAAAUGAUCUCAAAGAGUUGCUGCAAGCGUUAAUUUGCAUAUUAACUUGUUUGAAGGAUAUGCACGAAAUUAAGCCUACACCGAUAAUGCACAGAGAUGUUCGGUGGCCCAAUAUUAUUCGCCAUUACGAUGGAUAUCAAAGAUUUAUUUUAAUCGAUUUUGACUAUGCUACUUCUUCUCCUUCUGAUAAGUCUUUAGAAGAAUUUUCUGAAUAUGAUCAUGCUCCCGAAAUGCUAGUUGGAAAGCAUGAUUUUAAAGUUGAUAUAUGGGGUGCUGGAAAGCUAGUUGGUUCAUGCAAUGUCGCGGGUAUUCCUUCAGAACUUUUAGGCUUCAGCAUAAAGUUGUGUAAUAGUAAUCCAAAUAAUCGACCGACUGCUUCGGUUGCUCUUGAAUGGGCAAAAAACAUGUUCAGAAAG